AAAUGCUGUGACAUCGCCACCACACACCAUAAUUGAACUUUCAAACAAAGGUCUGGCCGAACACAUUCCGCUUCGAUCACCUCGUAAAGACGGCAGGGCCACAUCCCAAAGGCUGUGCGGAGCAGUGCUGACAGACUGGAAAUGCCGAGGCCUCCCCAGCUGUUGCAGUAGCAGCAUCGAGCCUCACGGGGCUAUUUAGUCCUCAUGAUGCCUCGCUCUUGCCAUGCAUUUCACUUUUUCAUUCACUACAAAAGUCAGUUCACACACACUCACUCACUGAUCGGCGAUUGACCAAUACGUUUCCUUUACAACCACUAACCAACACAAUCGCUUGAAACACUCUUUACCCAGCAUGCUUAACUCUCUUCUAUCAGCAGUUGCUGCUACAGCCUUACUCUCCUCGUCCCUCGUCUCUGCCGCCCCAUUCAGCUCUCACGAUGCCCGCAACCCAAGUCCCCAAUGGUCCGACUGGCAGGGCGAGGGUAAAGAAUGGGGUCAACCUUGCAACUCCGAGACGGUCAGAACGCGGGUUGACUUCAACAAAAUGGCCCCAGCCGACCGGAAAGCCUACACCGACGCAGUCAAGUGCCUGAUGGCUCAACCCUCUCAGAUCGACAACUCGGAGUACCCAGUCGCAGUCAACCGCUACAUGGACUACGCGACCAUCCACGUCAACCGGACCCAACAUGUCCACCUUGACGCUUUCUUCCUCACAUGGCAUCGCUACUUCCUGUUUCUUUAUGAGACCGACCUCCGACAGACCUGCGGCUACGAAGGCGCCUUCCCCUACUGGGACUUCGCCUCGACCGCCUCCGACCCAACGUCGUUCCCCAUCUUCGAUGGCUCUGAGUACUCCAUGUCCGGCGAUGGCGUGUACAAUAACACUGGCCCCAUCGUCCUUGGCCCAUCGCUGACGAUCCCACACGGCGCCGGCGGUGGCUGCGUAACCACAGGCCCAUUCGCCGAUAUGAUCGCACCAAUCAAGUUCAUCGACCCUUCGUACCUUUUCAACGGCACACUACCAGAUGGCGCCUUCGACUACAACGACAUCUGUCUUAUGCGCGAUAUCAACGCCUACGUGUCCCAGACAUAUACGAACGAAGACCAACUCGUGGCUGCCGCCCACGCCGCCAAUGCCAGCGAGUUCGAGUACCUCCUCAACGGUGUCAUAGGUAGUGCCAGUCUGGGCAUCCACUCGGGCGCGCACUUCAGUGUCGGCGGGCAAAUGGACAGCAUUCACGUCUCCGCUCAAGAUCCCAUCUGGUAUCCCCUCCACACCAUGAUCGACAGAGUCUACACGAGCUGGCAAAUUAACUACCCCGACUUGGCCAACACGUUGGACGGUAGCACCGGAACUGCGCUUAACGUGCCUCCCAGCCCCGUCGUCACGCUCAAUACCACCGAGCCUGAUUGGGGAUACUUCCAGCUCAAUCCCAUCCAGGUUCAGGACUUGAUCAGCACGACGGCUGGUCCUUUCUGUUAUCAGUACGAUAAUGUCAUCUCAUAAAAGGCUUGAGCUUGCCGGCACGCAACACCACAGGCACGGAUGUAUUUGUUAUUCAUAGCGUUUGUUCAUAUUAUUAGUUGGGAUACCAGGAAAUGCGGCGGCGGAAACGAGAGCGAUUGGGGCUCUACCAGUUACCAGCAGUAUCAUGUCUAAUGUGUAAAUAAAAGUCGUUGCAUCCUGAAAAACAAAAUACCAAUUUAUUUUUCAAUUCUCA